UAAAAUACAGUUCUGUAUAUUUUCUGCACUUCUACGGCACACUCAUAUUGAUUACAAAAGGUCACUAGAAUCUUCCGAAAGUUAAAAUUCCUGUAGUAUUUAAUUUCCUUAAAUAUUCAAAUUUUGGAGAAAAAAAAAAUAUAAGAAAAAACUAGACGAAUUUCACGAAUUUCAUCACAAUUACAAAAUGCUACUGCGACUUGCUGUUACACUCCCAACCCGCUUGGCAAGUGGUAGUACCGGUAUAAACUUGAAACAAGCUUUAUUAACUGCUCGUCUAGUAAAACCACAGAAUAAAGAUGCGCUGGUACGUAAUUAUGUGCGUGGACCUCGCGAUCCCCCACCAACUAUACGAUCUGAAACAAAAACCGGGCAAAGUUUGAAGGAAAAACUUAUGGGGCCACCAUCGGAGAGUGCUUAUUCAAUGGGUAAAGGUGCAGCCGCCGGAGCAGCAGGUAUUGGUUUAGGCGCUCUAUGUUAUUAUGGUUUGGGUCUUAGCCAUCAAGCUAGCAUACAAGAUAAUGCAUUACUUUGGCCUAAAUACGUUAGGGAUCGUUUACAUACCACCUACGGCUACUUUGGUGCAUCGUGCGUUUUAACAGCCUUAUCUGCUGCAGCAGUAUUCCGUACUCCCCGUCUUUUAGAGUUAACCACACGUAACGGAUGGUUGUCGACAUUGGCAACAUUCGCUUUAGUUAUUGGCACCGGUGCCGCAACCCAAUCAAUACCCUACAAAGAAGGAAUUGGUGCAAAACAGCUCGCUUGGGCUGUACAUUGUUCCGUUCUAGGGGCUGUUAUUGCUCCCUUGUGUUUUCUGGGCGGUCCUUUGUUGACACGAGCCGCUUUAUAUACGGGUGGCGUAGUUGGUAGCUUGUCGGCUAUUGCAGUAUGCGCACCUAGUGAUAAAUUUUUAUAUAUGGGUGGCCCUUUGGCAAUCGGCUUAGGUGUAGUGAUGGCUAGUUCAUUGGCUGGUAUAUGGUUGCCACCUACUACCGCCUUAGGAGCGGGCUUGGCUUCAAUGUCUCUAUACGGAGGCCUUCUUCUAUUCAGUGGUUUUCUAUUAUACGACACGCAACGUAUUGUACGUAUAGCAGAAGUUUAUCCAGAAUACAGCCUUAUACCUUUCGAUCCGGUCAAUGCGAGUAUUUCUAUUUAUAUGGAUGUGUUGAAUAUCUUCAUUCGUAUAGCAAUGAUUUUGGGCGGUGCUGGUGGUAAUACUCGCCGCAAAUAAAUUAAAUUUAUUUCGAAUGGAGAGCAAUUGAGAAAAGACAAAGAAAUUGAAGUGUUAUAUCAGUACCUAGAUUAUUAUUCACUAGUAUGAAAAAUUUUUGGGAUUUAAAUAAAAAAUUCAAUAUUUGAGACUCGCGAUACAAAAA